AUGAUCCCCUCUACCUUUUCCCUCGCGCUCAGCAUCGUAGGUUUAGCCUUGGCGAAGCCUACGUGCAACAAGUGCAAAGCCUUUCCCGGAGGUCCAGGCUGGCCAUCAAGUCAGCAAUGGUCUCAGCUCAAUGAAACAGUCGACGGCAGGCUCAUCAGGCCAGUGCCCCCCGGCGGCGUCUGCCACGAGGGACAGCCAAACUACGAUGAAGACCAGUGUCCCCAGCUCAUUGAAGACUGGCGUGUCUUUGAGUUCCACGCCGCGGACCCCGUCUCCGUGAUGUGGGAUCUCUGGGCCAACUAUACCUGCCUCCCCCUCGAAGGCUUCUCUUGCAGUGGUGCUGGCUAUCCGUCGUACGUGGCCAACGUCACCACGGCGCAGCAUGUCAAGGCUGCCGUCGACUUUGCCCGUGAUGAAAAUGUCCGCUUGGUCGUGAAGAGCAGCGGGCACGACUACCUCGGCCGCUCCGUCGCACCUGGUUCCCUCUCCAUCUGGACGCACCACCUCAACAAAAUCGAAUACCACGAGGACGAGUUUAAGCUCGCUGGAUCAGGCAAGGUCAUACCUGGUGAUGCCAUCACGGCCGGAGCGGGCUCCCCGAUGAUCGACCUCUACACCGUUGCCGAUCAGCACAACCGAACGGUUGUAGGCGGCGGUGGUAAGACUGUCAGUCUGGGUGGCUUUGUCACAGGAGCCGGCCACUCCAUUCUUGCUCCUCACUAUGGGCUUGCGGCCGACAAUGUGCUGCAGAUGGAAGUCGUUACCCCUGCUGGAGACAUCCUCACGGUCAAUGAGGACCAGCAUGCGGACUUGUUCUGGGCCAUCCGUGGUGGAGGCGGGUCGACCUUUGGCGUCCUUACAUCAAUCACCAUCAUGACGCAUCCCCCAAAGAAGCUGUCCAUGGUCCUCUUCAUGGCGUUUACCGUCCCCGAAGCCCCCUUCACUUUGGACCUCGUCACCUGGGCCAUGUCCCAGACCCCUUACCUUUCUGACUCGGGUCUUUCGGGAUAUCUCAUGGCUACAAUAGACUCUCCGCCGCCUAUCCCGGUUCCUGGCGUUCCUGAGAGGGUGGCUGGUCUUAUGGGCAAAACAAUCAUUCUUGACACCCACGACUCGGCCAAGAUUGACGAGAUCUUCCGCCCACUAAACGAGACCAUCCAGGAGCGUUGGAAGGGACAGGUGCAUUUAUUGACCAUUGUCCAGCCGUUCGACUCCUUCUUUGACUGGUACUCUGAGAACUACGACGAUGGUCAAGCUGGUGGCUCCACAUAUCUCAUUUCACGACUGUUGGACAAGGAGACAGUGACCGGUGACUUGGAUGCGCUUUCCAACGCACUGGAGCCCAUUCUCAUCGACGAUGGAUGGCUCGGCACGUACUUGGUUGCCGGGAAAGGAGUCAACGAGGCAAAGCCAAGAGGGGGAAGCAACGCCGUCCACCCGGCAUGGAGAAAGGCAUACGUUCAUGCGAUCACCUGGCUUGGUUGGGGCUACCCUCCGUUCGACGAGACAGCCGAUGAGCGGACAAGAAAGAUCCUCGACGAGAGAUUUGAGGCCCUUCGCGAGCUGACGCCCGACGGUGGCUCGUAUAUGAGUGAGGGUUUUCCGUUUGAGGACGACUGGCAGCACACCUUCUGGGGAGAUAACUACGAGCGUUUGUCCGAGAUCAAGCGUGAGCUCGACCCGCAGGACGUCCUGUGGUGUACACCGUGCGUAGGCAAUGAAGGUUGGGAUGAGAAAGACGACGGUCGUCUUUGCAGGAUCAAGUAG